AUGUUGGGCAAUAUUUUUGAAUCUAAUUUGAGAGCGGCAUUCAGACGGCCUGCGGUCCAGAUGCUUAUGCAAUUGAGAAGCAAGUCUAGAAUUCACAAGGCAGCAGCAAAGAGAUUUGUUAAAGCUGGAGAAGGGUUCAAAAGAAGACAAGCAGGUAGAAAUCAUGGUAAUGGUGGUUUUAGUGCCAGCAGUAUGAGUCAUUUAAAUGGUUAUGUUCGUGUUGAUAACAAAGGAGGCCAUGUUAGCAAGUUGAAGAAGAUGUUGGGUUAG